AUGGCGCCCGCUCGGGGUCCGACACCCUGCCCUCAGCCGCCUCAGCGCCGCCGCCCGCGCCCUGCCAUGGCCGGACCACUGCCCCUCCGGCGCUCGGGCGGGCCGGACCCCGCGGUGCGGCGGCGGAGAAGCAGCGCGCAGGGCCGGGAGCAGCCCGCGGGCUGCCGCGGCGGCUCCGCCCGGACACAAACUUGGAGCGGCGGCGCCGCCCGCGGCCGGUGGGGAGUGGUGGGGGCGGCAGCCAAUCAGCGCGGGGCGCGCGCCCGCCCCGGUCCCGGCGCUGUGGAGCGGGACGGGCGCGAGGCGGCCUCCGUGAGGAAGGGGCGCGCGGGGAGCCCCUCAGAUCGCCGCCCCUCACGGCGCUGGGAACCCCCCUCACUGCAGCGCCGCUCUCUCACAAGCCCUCACAGCGCUGCGAGCCGCCCCUCGAACCGCUGGGACUCCUUCACGACUGCCCCUCACAGCGCUGGGACCCCCCCUCAGAGCUGCCCCCCUCACAGACCCUCACACACCUGCCCCUCACCGCGCUGGGCCCCCCAAUCUCCCACUGCACUGGGUCCCCCUCAGAACUGCCCCCCUCACAGUGCUGGGACCCCCUCACUGGUGUCUCCCCAGCCCAGGCUCGAAAUGCCCAAGGGAGGUGCUGAAACUCCCAAACCAGCCUCUCCUCACGUUGGGAUCAGGCUGAGAGGGAAAGGAAAGAGAUGA